AGUAAAGGGGUGACGGCGGGAAAGAUAGCCAGCAACGUGCAGAAGAAGCUCACCCGCGCGCAGGAGAAGGCUCUCGGAAGACCGGGAUGAAGCUGCCUGCAGACCUCACGCUGAACAGCAAAGAAUGAUGGAUGGUAAAGGCAUUGUGCAGAAAGUUCAGCAACUUUUUGCCUUGCCACAGUGACAGUGAUUGCCCUGCAGACGACUAAGAGAAAAGUGACCUUUCUUUCCAAGAGACCUGGCAAACGUGACUCAGACCCAGUGGUCAAGCUUAACACAGCUGUAAUGUGGUCGGAAGGCUGCCGGACUCUCGCCAAAGCAGCAUUUCACCUGAAUGUCAUCAUAAGGAAACAGAUGGAUCCGGUUGGGGGCGGGAUUUUCCAAGUGAUUGGUUUUCACUCUUAAAAAGAUACCAAUAUCAAGAAAGAAAAAAUAAAAGGAUGACAUUGAUUAAUAGGCAGGCGGGGAACAUUCUGGGCUAAAGGAAGAAGAGACCCGACAAUCAGAAGCAAUAUGUGAACUACAGCUGGAUCCUAGACUGAAAAACAGACAGCCCGGACGUACAGUGCACCUGGGGGUUACCCAAGGAUAUCUGAAUGUGGACCGUGUGUUAGAUGGUCCUCCAGAAGCUGGGGAAGGCAGAUGAGACCAAGGAUGAGCAGUUUGAGCAGUGUGUCCAGAACUUCAGCAAGCAGCUGACUGAAGGCACCUGGCUGCAGAAGGAUCUCUGGACCUACCUGGCCUCCGUCAAAGCCAUGCACGAGGCCUCCAAGAAGCUGAACGAGUGUCUGCAGGAGGUGUAUGAGCCCGACUGGCCCGGCAGGGAUGAGGCCAACAAGAUCGUAGAGAACAAUGACCUGCUGUGGAUGGAUUACCACCAGAAGCUGGUGGACCAGGCGCUGCUGACCAUGGACACGUACCUGGGCCAGUUCCCUGACAUCAAGUCACGCAUCGCCAAGCGGGGGCGCAAGCUGGUGGACUACGACAGUGCCCGGCACCACUACGAGUCUCUGCAAACCGCCAAAAAGAAGGACGAAGCCAAAAUCGCCAAGCCUGUCUCGCUGCUUGAGAAAGCCGCCCCCCAGUGGUGCCAAGGCAAACUGCAGGCUCAUCUCGUAGCUCAAACUAACCUGCUCCGAAAUCAGGCCGAGGAGGAGCUCAUCAAAGCCCAGAAGGUGUUUGAGGAGAUGAAUGUGGAUCUGCAGGAGGAGCUGCCGUCCCUGUGGAACAGCCGCGUAGGUUUCUAUGUCAACACGUUCCAGAGCAUCGCGGGCCUGGAGGAAAACUUCCACAAGGAGAUGAGCAAGCUCAACCAGAACCUCAACGAUGUGCUGGUCAGCCUGGAGAAGCAGCACGGGAGCAACACCUUCACGGUCAAGGCCCAGCCCAGAAAGAAAAGUAAACUGUUUUCGCGGCUGCGCAGAAAGAAGAACAGUGAAAACGCGCCUGCCAAAGGGAACAAGAGCCCUUCGCCUCCAGAUGGCUCCCCUGCCGCCACCCUUGAGAUCAGAGUCAACCACGAGCCAGAGCCAGCCGGCGGGGCCACGCCUGGGGCAGCCCUCCCCAAGUCCCCGUCUCAGCUCCGGAAAGGCCCACCAGUCCCUCCGCCUCCCAAACACACCCCGUCCAAGGAAGUCAAGCAGGAGCAGAUCCUCAGCCUGUUUGAGGACACGUUUGUCCCUGAGAUCAGCGUGACCACCCCCUCCCAGUUUGAGGCCCCGGGGCCUUUCUCGGAGCAGGCCAGUCUGCUGGACCUGGACUUUGACCCCCUCCCGCCCGUGACAAGCCCUGUGAAGGCGCCCACGCCCUCCGGUCAGUCAAUUCCGUGGGACCUCUGGGAGCCCACAGAGAGUCCAGCUGGCAGCCUGCCUUCCGGGGAGCCCAGCGCUGCUGAGGGCACCUUUGCUGUGGCCUGGCCCAGCCAGACGGCCGAGCCGGGGCCUGCCCAACCAGCAGAGGCCUCGGAGGUGGCGGGUGGGGCCCAACCUGCGGCUGGAGCCCAGGAGCCCGGGGAGACGGCGGCGAGUGAAGCAGCCUCCAGCUCUCUUCCUGCCGUCGUGGUGGAGACCUUUCCGGCAACUGUGAAUGGCACCGUGGAGGGUGGCAGUGGGGCUGGGCGCCUGGACCUACCCCCAGGUUUCAUGUUCAAGGUGCAGGCCCAGCACGACUACACCGCCACCGACACCGACGAGCUGCAGCUCAAGGCUGGCGACGUGGUGCUGGUGAUCCCCUUCCAGAACCCCGAGGAGCAGGAUGAAGGCUGGCUCAUGGGCGUGAAGGAGAGCGACUGGAACCAGCACAAGGAGCUGGAGAAGUGCCGGGGCGUCUUCCCCGAGAACUUCACCGAGAGGGUCCCGUGACGGCGGGGCCCAUGCAGCCUCCGGGCGUGUGAAGAGCACCUCCUCCCGAAAAAUGUGUGCUUCUUUUUUGUUUUGUUUUGUUUUUCGUUUUUAAUCUUCUGAAGAGCAAAGGGAAAUCAAGAGGAGACUCCAGGCAGAGGGGUGUUCUCCCAAAGAUUAGGUCGUUUUCCAAAGAGCCGCGUCCCGGCGAGUCCGGCGGAAUUCACCAGUGUUCCUGAAGCUGCUGUGUCCCCUAGUUGAGUUCCUGGCGCCCCUGCCUGUGCCCGCAUGUGUGCCUGGCCGAAGGGCGGGGCUGGGGGCUAUGCCAAGCCACCACGCUUGCCUGAAGCUUCGGCCGCGCCACCGGGCAAAGGCCCUCUUUUCCUGGCAGCCUCUGUGGGUGGGGCCCAGCACCAGCCUAGCCUGGCCCUGCCCCGCAGACGGUCUGUGUGCUGUUUGAAAAUAAAUCUUAGUGUUCAAAACAAAAUGAAACAAAAACUCUGAUAAAAACACUCAGAAAA